UAAAACCCACAGUUAAGGGUAAAGGGAUUUUACAGGAGGAGGAGUCCGUUGCAUCACUAAAAGAGGCAUCCGCUCGGGAGUCACAACAAGUGACGCAGCAAGUUCGUACCGUACCACCCACUGGUCCUCCGAAGCCAGCGGGAAAAAAAGGCGGUGCUUUUGUGCCUCGGUACCGGUCGACGCUCGCAACAAUGGUUGAUAUGUCCGAUUUGAAGGAUGGUGCUUUACGUGAAAUCGUUAUGGAUGAAAGUGUCUUCGGUAUUGAAUUCAAGUCACUUAUUACAAUUGAUGACUUGGAGGAGAUUUUUAAGCAUGAUCAACUAGGCGUCACUAACAUGCACUCAUACAUCCGGUUGUUGUAUGACAGAGUGUUGCGCGGGACUCCGUUGUCUAACAGAUUCCGUUUCGUGUCUUCCGCCCACUGCAGCGGAAUGGCAAUUGCUUCGGAACCGGAAUCAGUUAGACAGCGCUUAGUAGAUAGUUUCAUGUCCACCGGCAAUACAGAAAGUCUGCAUCUUUGGGCGUAUAAUACCCGACCAGUAGGAGCACACUGGUUGCUGCUUGCUAUCAACCCUAUAAGGGAAGUCGUGUAUUAUCUGAAUUCGGUAAAUGGUGAAUGGACCAAUUAUCCGGCCAUGAAGGAAAUCGUUGAUUUAUCAAUACAAGUGUUCCGAAGUCAACGGGACGCACAGGUAUCCCGAACUAAAUCUAACAACAUUACUUGGAUCCAAGUAGUGACAGGUGAUAACGGGUCUCAAUUUAUAGUCAAACAAUUUGAUAAACUUUUACAGAGGUUUUGGACCAUUGGAUGUCACAGUUUAUGGGGAUGGCGAAAUAGAGAAACUCGUGAUGAACACUUUUGGCAUCCGCAUUGUCCUAGUUCGUUUGUGAGUAGAAGGGUCGAAGAAUCUGUUAAUACUAGGGUUGAAUAUAGAAGCGUUUUUAAAGGUGAAAGUAGUUUGGUUGAUGUGGCUUGGGAAGCUCCUUUAGAGGUCUGGUAUAAGCUAAAUUCAAACGGUACAAGUAAUGUUCCUAAAGGUGUUGGGUAUGAAGGAAUCAUUCGAAAUUCCCAAGGGAGUUUUGGCAGGCCUAAGGCUGGUUAG